AUGGAGACGGCGGAGAAGGAGUGCGGAGCCCUCGGGGGGCUCUUCCAAGCCAUCAUUAACGACAUGAAGAGCUCCUACCCCAUCUGGGAGGACUUCAACUCGAAGGCCACCAAGCUGCACUCCCAGCUCAGGACCACAGUGCUGGCCGCGGUCGCCUUCCUGGAUGCCUUCCAGAAAGUGGCCGACAUGGCCACCAACACCCGAGGGGCCACGCGGGACAUCGGCUCCGCGCUCACCCGCAUGUGCAUGCGGCACCGCAGCAUCGAGGCCAAGCUCCGGCAGUUCACCAACGCCCUCAUGGAGAGCCUGAUCACCCCCCUGCAGGACAGGAUCGAGGACUGGAAGAAAGUCGCCAACCAGCUGGACAAGGACCACGCCAAAGAGUACAAGCGGGCCCGCCACGAGAUCAAGAAGAAGUCCUCGGACACGCUCAAGCUGCAGAAGAAGGCUCGCAAAGGGAAGGGGGACCUGCAGCCCCAGCUGGACACGGCGCUGCAGGACGUCAACGACAUGUACCUGCUGCUGGAGGAGACGGAGAAGCAGGCGGUGCGCCGGGCGCUCAUCGAGGAGCGGGGCCGCUUCUGCACCUUCAUCGCCUUCCUGCAGCCCGUGGUGAACGGGGAGCUCACCAUGCUGGGGGAGAUCACCCACCUGCAGGGCAUCAUUGACGACCUGGCCGUGCUCACCGCUGAGCCCCACAAGCUGCCCCCCGCCAGCGAGCAGGUGAUCAAGGACCUGAAGGGCUCCGACUACAGCUGGUCCUACCAGACCCCCCCGUCCUCACCCAGCAGCUCCAGCUCCCGCAAAUCCAGCAUGUGCAGCAGCGUCAGCAGUGCCAAGGGUGGCCUCCCAUGGCCCGGGGGGGCGCAGACGUGCUCGCCCUCCUCCACCUACCGCUACCGCAGCCUGGCCCAGCCGGCCAGCGCCGGCACGCGGCUCUCCAGCGUCUCUUCGCAUGACUCCGGCUUCAUCUCGCAGGACGCCGCCUACUCCAAGCCACCCUCCCCGAUGCCCUCGGACAUCACCAGCCAGAAGUCCUCCAGCUCAGCGUCCUCGGAGGCCUCGGAGACCUGCCAGUCGGUCAGCGAGUGCAGCUCCCCCACCUCGGAUUGGUCCAAGGCCAGCCCCUAUGACCAGCCCGCUGUCAGCACCCUGCAGCGGCGCAAGGACCGCGUGGAGCACCUGCGGGAGGCUGAGGUGGGCUCGGCCACGGGCGCCUACCCAGGCAUGGGUGCCGAGGAUGCCCCCAGACCCCGAAUGUCGCCAGCCACCAUUGCCGCCAAGCACGGCGAGGAGGUGUCCCCCGCCGCCAGCGACCUGGCCAUGGUGUUGACGCGGGGGCUGAGCCUGGAGCACCAGAAGAGCAGCCGGGACUCGCUGCAGUACUCCAGCGGCUACAGCACACAGACCACCACCCCGUCCUGCUCCGAGGACACCAUCCCCUCCCAAGGCUCCGACUACGACUGCUACUCGGUGAACGGCGAUGUGGAGUGCGAGCCCCAGAGCGACUUCGACAAGUCCUCCACCAUCCCGCGCAACAGCAACAUCGCCCAGAACUACCGGCGCAUGAUCCAGACCAAGCGCCCCGCAUCCACCGCCGGGCUGCCCAGCGGCACCAGUCUGCCGGCCGGCACCACACCAGGGGUGGCCACCAUCCGCCGCACGCCCUCCACCAAGCCCUCAGUGCGCCGCACGCUCUCCAACGCCGGCCCCAUCCCCAUCCGCCCACCCAUCGUCCCCGUCAAGACCCCCACGGUGCCCGACUCGCCCGCCUACACCGGCCCCACGCGGGUGGGCAGCGAGGAGUGUGUGUUCUACGCCGAGGACGCCUCGCCUGGCCCUGUGGAUUUUGCCAAAGCCUCACCCAAGCGUUUGAGCCUCCCCAACACGGCGUGGGGCAGUGGCGGCACGGCCGAGAUCCCCAUCUACCCUGGCGCAGCGCCACGUGGCACCAGCGCCGCCGAGGAGGAGGAGGAGGAGGAGGAGGAUGAGGAGGACCGGCAGCUGGCCGCCAACCGGCACAGCCUGGUGGAGAAGAUUGGCGAGCUGGUGGCCGGCGCCCGUGCCCUGGGCGAGGGGCAGUUCCCCUUCCCCACUGCACUGGAGGAGACCCCCGUGCCGCCCCCCGCGCCUGCCAUGGACCCCCCGGCCGAAGACAUGCUGGUGGCCAUCCGGCGCGGCGUGCGCCUGCGCAGGACCGUCACCAACGACAGGUCGGCCCCACGGAUAUCGUGAUGGUGCCCGCGGGGACGCGGCGGCGGCGCACAGCUGGGCACACGGGGAUGGGAGCCCUCAGGGGGGGCGCAGGGACCCCCAGCCGCAGCAGGGCACGGCGCCCCCCCCAGCCCCAUCCUCACGCUGGUCACCGCCUCUGUUGGUCCCUUCCCCACCUCGUUUUUCUUCCCUUCCUCACGUUUUUGGGUUCCUUUCGUUAAUUCCGUAGUGUGCUGCGUCUCGCGCCCGUGUCUUGCGCUCUCCUGUUCCUGCUCCAUCUCCCCAUCCGUUUCCCUCUCCAUCUCUCCAUUGCCACACGUCCCCCUCCAUCUCCCUUUCUCCCUCUCCAUGUCCCCCUCCAUCUCCCUCUCCAUCUCCCAUCUCCUUCCAUCUCUCCAUCUCCACAUCUUUCUCCCCAUCUCUCCCUCCAUCUCCC